AUGUCUCACGAAUCCGUCUGGAACUCGCGCCCGCGAACGUACGGCAAGGGCUCUCGUGCCUGCCGUGUCUGCACCCACAAGGCCGGUUUGAUCCGCAAGUACGGCCUUAACAUCUGCCGUCAAUGCUUCCGUGAGAAGUCCUCCGACAUUGGCUUUGUCAAGGCCGGCGCCAUGUACAUCACUAUGGUCGCGCUACAUUCCGAAAUGACAGCAAUCCUCAUGCAUCCCGACGUUCCCAUUAGUCCAGCCAGUAUCACAAAUGUCAUCAACCAAUCCGGUGCUAACAGUCUAAUUUGUCCAGCCGUGCCUAUUGAGAAUAUGCUAGACUACCCACCCGGCCUCGAAGCUUUUUCGCGCCUCAAGCAUAUCGGUUACGUAGGUGGACCUAUUAACCCUGUUCUCGGUGCUAGGGUCGCUGAGAUUACACCGCACCUGUAUAGUCUCAUUGGGAGCACGGAGGGCGCCUUGAUGCAGAUGAACUAUUCGCCCAAUUCGGAGAACUGGGACGCGAUACGCUUUGUUGAGGUCGGUCAGCGCAUGGAGGAGGUCCUCCCUGGACUGUACGAGCUCGUCUUUCCCCGUACUGCGACCAUCGACCGCCUCUACGCAUACUUCCGCUCCUACCCAGAUCUCGAGCACGAAUAUCGUACGAAAGACCUCUUCUCCCCAGUCCCCGGCCAACCCGGAUGGUGGCGUUUCCGCGGUCGCACUGAUAACUGGGUCGCUAUGGCUAAUGGGUAUAAGAUGGACCCGACAGACUUCGAGGCCAUCGUGACUGCACACUCGGACGUCCGCGGUGUUAUCGUGGGAGGCUCCCACCGCUUCCGGUUAUGCAUGAUCGUUGAGUUGCACGAACACCUCCUUCCGACAACUAACGAAGAGGCUCAAGCCGCGCUUGAGAAACUAUGGCCUACAAUCCAAGAGGCUAAUAAGUCCUCCCCAAAAUUUGGACAGAUUCCUCGCGAGCUCGUUUUGUUCGUUCGCCCGGGCAAGCCAUUUUUGCGUGCUGGAAAGGGCACUAUUCAGCGGCAGCUCACAUUGCAGGCGUAUGAAGACGAGAUCGAUGCUCUAUACGAGCGCGUUGAGAGCGGCAUCUUGGUCAGCGACUUAGACCCCAUUACUUCACUCACACCGGAGGGUCUUACGCCCGUACUCACGCAGCUGUUCCAGCAGGCGCUUGACUCGCACGAUAUCGAUACCGAUACCGACGUCUUCGCACGUGGGCUAGACUCUAAUGGUGUUACCCUUACUGUUUCGCGGCUGAAGGCUGCACUACGUAGUUAUGGGCUAUCUGAGGACAUUUUGCAUGGCAUCCACAUCAGUCUUUUAUACAGCUCCACUACCGCGCGAUCCCUCGCUCACACACUGUCCGCAUACCUUGGCGGUGGAAGUGGCAAGGACAAAGCGGAAACUCCAGAUGGUGGCGUUGAGGAUAUGCUGGCUAAGUACCUCCCUGUCUCUCAGCACCCUCGCGCUCAGGCUAUUAUCUUAACAGGAUCUACGGGAUCUCUCGGGACAUAUCUACUUGCGGCGCUACAAGCACAGCCCGAGUCUCGCGUGCGCCGUAUCUUCUGUCUGAACCGGGCCGCAGACGCAGCAUCCAAGCAAGCCACGGCUCUGAAGUCGCGUGGACUUCCACCAGCUCAGGAGUCAAGCGGCCGCGUAGUAUUUUUCUCGGUUAAGGACUUUGGCGCGCCCCGCUUGGGCUUAACACCUAAAGACUAUGGUUUACUCCUAGCUGAAACUACGGCCAUAAUCCACAACGCCUGGCCUGUAAAUUUCCUUCUCCCACUACAGUCCUUCGAGCCGUCGAUAGCAGGACUAGUACACCUACUUGAACUCGCGAAGAAUGGCGCACGGCGACCGGCGGUGCUUUUUGUGUCGAGUAUCUCAGCGGCGAUGGGUACGGCCCGCGAUGUUCCGGAGGAAGUUCUUUCCGAGCCAGCGGAACUUGUUCUACGACAGGGUUACGCGCGGUCUAAAUACGUCGGUGAGCGACUGUUAGAUUCGUGGGCGCUAUCAGGUACAGCAAAUAAGCGACGCGCUGCUGUCCUGCGCGUUGGUCAGGUCGCGGGCCCAGUGGCGGCAGGAGGUGCUUGGAACCCCUGGGAGUGGUUCCCGAGUCUGGUGCGCAGUUCCAAAUUCCUAGGCGUACUGCCGCGUAGUCUCGGUACAAGUAGCCGUAUUGAGUGGGUGCCAGUAGACGAGCUCAGUAAGAUUAUUCUCGAGGUUGUUGACGAAGUAACCCGUACCGACGUCGAAGACAGCACUUCUUCUGAAAAAGGCAAACAGAGGGGCGCCAAAGUAUACAACCUCGUCAAUCCCCACGCCGUACCUUUCUCCAACCUUAUCCCUGCACUGCAGGAAAAAGGCAUCGCAGAUAAAGCCAUACCCCUCGAGUCCUGGAUCGAGGCUCUCGAGCGUAGUAGUUACGAGCGGAAGACGAGUGCGCAGGAUAACCCUGCAGUCAAGUUGCUAGAUUUCUAUAAGUCGAUUGUACCGCACCACGGCGGCGACGGCGUGAAGAGGAAUGCAAAUGGAGACGCUAAGAAUGGGCGUGGGGGUAAUAAAGGAGGAGAAGACGAUUAUACCUGGCGUGUUGACAAUACCCUGCGUGCGAGUCCGACGGCGAGAGCGCUCAAGCCGGUGAAUACGGAGUGGGUGAAGCUGUGGGUUGAUCGCUGGGGAUUCUAA